CCUUCCUCCUUCCUACCUUUGUUGUCACAAUGGAGAGGAACGAUUAUUACGCCACAGGCGGCCCUGACGCAGCAUUGAACGUGGCCACACGCUUGCACGCUCAUCCUGUCACACAAGAUGGCGCACACGAAGACAUCGUUCAUGCUGAUGAACCCGUUCCACGUCCUUCCAUCGUUCAUCGCGCAUCAAGUAGCAAGGAUGAGAAAGGUUCUUUGGGUGAAAGUGACGAAAAAGUAACCAAUGCAUUGCCAUACGGUUCAAAUGAAAAGCCUCAAGCAGAAGAUAUGGAAGAUUUGCAAGAAUCUUUCACGGCAGAAGAUUUAGCAAGAGGUGUCCCAUUCCCUGAAUCUUCUCUUCCCUACGAAGAAGGAAGUGGUUUAACCCUUCGAGCAUUGGCCGUCGGUACAGCUUUGGGUUUCAUCAUCGCUGCUUCUAACAUUUACCUUGGUUUGAAGACAGGUUUCACUUUCUCUGCAACUUUGUUUGCUUCUUUGCUCGGUUUCGUUAUCAUCAAAUCACUCACAAAGGUUUUGCCUGACGGUAAAGGUGGUUCUUUCUUUGGUCCUCGUGAAAAUGUUACAAUUCAAUCUGCCGCUGCUGGUUCUUCCGGUUUGACAUCUAUGUUUGUUGCAGCCGUUCCAGCAAUGUACCGUUUAGGAUUACUCAAAGAUCCUGAAACCGAUUUCGCACGUUUGUUCACAUUCUGCUUCUGCUCUGCAUUCUAUGCAUGCUUCUUCGCCAUUCCAUUACGCAAAUUCUACAUUUUGAAACAAAAGCUUGUCUUCCCAACACCAACUGCAACUGCUUUGGCCAUUCGUGCAAUGCAUACCGCAAACGGUGCUGCUCUUGCGCGCAAAAAGACAAAGGCUCUUGGUAUCGCUUUCGGAUGCGCGAUCGUUUACUGUGUCGUCAACACUUACGUUCCCGGUAUCUUGCUCGAUCAACACAUUUUCUACUGGCUUUACUCCUGGGGUGCCACGAACGCCAUUUACGUUGACAAUUGGGGAUGGUAUACGACCAUUACACCUGCUUUCUUCGGUUCAGGUAUGUUAGCCGGUAUGAAUGCUUCAUGGUCGUUCUUGGGCGGUUUGUUCCUCGGUUACGCUAUGAUCGGUCCUUCGUUGGUUGCAACUGGCGAAGCAAAAUGCCACUCUUAUGCUGAUGAUGGAUUCGAUCAUGCAUACACUUGUUUCUCCACCACUCAAUACAAGCCAGGCAAGACAGAGCUCAAAUCUGCUUCUCCUCGUUAUUGGUUAAUCUGGCCCGCCGUUUUGAUGAUGUUCGGAUACAGUUUCGCAGAAGUCGCAAUGAACUACAAAUCGCUAUGGGCAGGAAUCAGAUCUGCCGGUGUUGAAACUUACUGCAAAAUCACUGGAAAGGAGAUGCCAAUUUACGAAGAUGCAAUCCCUGAUCCAGCACCAAAGAGCCAACAAGUUCCAUUGCUAUACGUCUUGGUCGGUUUGACUUUGUCAAUCUUGAUGACAAUUUUGGUUUGCGCUUUGCAAUUCGACAUGAACGUAGGAAAUGUUAUCUUGGCAAUCAUUUUGGCAUUCUUGUUCUCUUUCAUUGGUAUUCAAUCUUCCGGUACAACUGAUAUUAACCCAUUGUCAUCCGUUGCCAAAGCAUCUCAAUUGAUCGUUGGUGGUGCUUUGAAGGGUGAAGGAAGAACUGGUCCAUCCGCUCAAUUGGAAAACUUGAUCGCAGGUUCCAUUGCCUCUUCUGCUGCCGCACAUUCCGUUGACAUGGUUGGUGAUUUGAAGACUGGUCAUUGGUUGCGUGCUUCUCCACUUACCCAAUUCUACGCUCAAUUGUUCGGAUCUCUAUGGGCAACUCCAUUCUCUGUUGGAUUGUUCGUUCUCUUCUCAAAAGCAUACCCAUGUGUUUUGGACGCAGCAGCAGAAACUUGUGUUUUCGGUGCUCCAAGUGUUGCAGCAUGGCAAGCAGUUUCCGUUGCAGUCGUUGCACCUCAAUUGCCCGUUACGCUUUCUUCAGGUUUGACUGCAAUCGUUUUGACAAUUAUUGCAAUUGCAACCGUCAUUGCACGUUACAAGUUUAUCCCCCCAAAGUACCACGUUUACCUACCAAACUGGAACGCAAUCGGUAUUGGAUUCUUGGUGCCAAACUGCAAUUACGGUAUCGCAAUGGCAACAGGUGCAACUUUCGUUCACUUUUGGUCAAAGAAAUACCCUGGAAAUGCUGACAUUUAUGCUUACGCUAUCGCUGCCGGUCUCGUUGCUGGUGAAGGUAUUGCAGGUGUUAUCAAUGCAAUUUUGGAAAUUGCUGGUGUUUCAGGUGCAAUCUUGGGAACCAAAGUCGCCCUUCCACCAUGGUCUGUUUAG